AUGCGGUCGACAACGAUUGUAAUUUUUUUGCUCGUAGCGGUUGUGACCCUCGCGAGCUCGCGUAAAGCAGAAGCUGCUCGUUGUCCCGGCGGGUGCCCCAGGAUCUACAGACCAGUUUGCGGAAGCGACGACAAGACAUACGCAAAUAAAUGUAUUCUGGAAAAGGAAAACUCAGAAAAGUCGCUUGAAAUAGUUGAUGGCAAAUGCGUGUGCCACGGGAUCUCCGAUCCUGUCUGUGGAAGUGACAACCAGACAUACGACAAUGAGUGUGCUCUACAGUGCCAAAUGCUAGCUUGCGAUUCCCUAAACGACGAAGCCACUGACCUAAACUCAAUCGUGUCCAAAGUUUGCAUCAGGAUUUUGUUGACCAUGCGUUCGAUCACCGUUGCACUACUACUGGUAGUAGCGGUUUUGGCCCUGCUGUCACCCCAGGCGGAAGCCUUGCCCAAAAUGGCACACAGUGGCGUUUGCGCGUGUCCAAGGAACUACUGGCCCGUUUGUGGAAGCGACCUGAAGACGUACUCCAACAAGUGUCUGUUGCACUGCGCCGCCAAGAGUCCGCGAGGAGUGUCCACACGCCUUCGAAUCCUACGAGACGGUCCUUGCGACAAGACGGAACAAAUAGACGACAUCCCAAAGGAGGAAUAACGGAUGCAAAAUUGAGAUGAAGUCUUCCUUAUGUGAUUAAUACGUGAUCUGGUAGAAAAUAAAGAAAACCUGUUGUUAGUUGAAAGCUC